AUGGAGUCCCAAGGUCAAAAUUACCCAAACUGGAACACUGGGGGCAGACGUGCUACCAUCUUUCCCCAGAGAGAAGGAGCCAAGACCUCAAUACCCUCCACAAUCCCUGCUCAACUUGAAGAGACUGCUUUCCUGACACCCAGCUACCGGACUAUCCUGAGCAGGAAAAGGGCUUUGUGUGACAUCAGGGUGAGAUGGCCAGAGCUAGACUACAAGGAACAGAAGGCAAUGGGAGAGGAUUCUUACCACGUAUGGUUCCCUUCCCUCCACAGAAAGCUCACAGAUGUAAGCUCCUGUUCCUCGGAGGUUAGCAUCAACCUCAGAAAUCAGGAAAGCAGCCACAGUGAGGUCUACAAUCCCUCAUAUGUCCCGGGCUGCCUUUCAGAGGCUCCUUACGUGACCAUUCUCAACAGCUACCUGAAACCAGAGUCAAUGACACAGCUGGAGAAGAGGGUGAGGAGGAAGACCCUGGUGGUCAUGAAUCAGUUGGAGCAGGAGAAGGAAGCUGCUAAGUUUCGGAGGGCAGUGCUGCUGAGGGAGACGAGGGAGCUUCAGGAUGAAAAGUCUUACGAGGAAGCAGAGAACAAGCCCUUCUGGGAAUUCCUGACGAAGAAAAACCAGGAAACCCAGGAGAAGUACGACUCCCUGUGGAAAGAGUACAUGCAGCAGUAUCAGGAGGUCAAGGACAGGAGGCGAGAGGUGGUCUCUACCUUCACCUCCCGCACCGGAAACCUCCAGAGGCAGCUGAUGGAGAACAAGAAGCUCGAGGCCGGCUUGAAGAAGAAGCUGAAGGCUCUGGCGCCCAUUGCGCACAUAAAGGAGAGCCAGGACUGUGAGAUAGAAACCUUAGAGUUGGAGAAGGCCAGCUUAGUAGCUGGCAUCCCCUUCAUGGACCGCGAGGCACACUUUCAGUUCCUGAAGGACAGGGCCGCCUUGGCGAAGCAAGUGGAGGAUCUGAACCUGCUGGAGUCUGGAGAGGACAUCACCAGGGAGCUAAAGAAGAAGACCAAGGCCUGGGACACCGCGGCCAAACAGGCUCACGAGGACUUCUGCCACAGUGUCAAUGCUCGGAACAGGCAGCUGCGAACAGAGCUCCAGCAGCUGGACUGGGAGUUCUGCAACCUGGAGGACCGGAGGGAGAAGCUGGAACGGAGAAAGCAGCGGUGGAAAGAGCAGCAGUGGUACCUGGAGGCUCUGGCCCGGGGGAGGGAGCGCCUGCAGCAGGGGGAGUAUCGCCGGCAGGAACGGGAGCAUCGCCGGCAGCAGCGGGAGCACCACUGGCAGCAGCGGGAGCACCCAGCACUGGACCGUCUACUGGGUGCCAGGCAGAAAGCCAAUCCUAAGAAAUGGCCGCCACAUCCCAGAAAGCAGACUGGAGCUGAAGCUGGAGCACUACACAAAGAAUGA